AGGCCGACGACGACGAUGGAGUCGUGGAAACAAAUCUCCGUCAUAUCCUGUUUUCUGAUUGUGUUUUCACUUAGUGGUCUGGGGCCAGCUUCAAGUCGGGUAUAAAAGGCGGGCCACUGAGCGACAGAUUCAGUCACUGCCAACGAUCGAUCAUACCGCCUAAGGAGUCCUGUGCCCGUGGUCCGCGAGUAGAUAGACGAGAAUCACCGCAGCAAUGAAGUGCUUCGUCGCCAUUACUGUCUGCGCACUCGUGGCCUGCGGUGUCUUCGCCAAGGAAGCCGCCAAGAAGGAGAAGGUUGAAGGGCGCGGAGGACUCCUGGGCGGUGGUCUCGGAGUCGGCGGUUACGGUGCCGGUGUGGGACCCGGUCUCGUCGGCGGUGGUCUUGGAGGUGCAGGUAUCGGAGUUGCUGGACUCGGCAGCUAUGGUGGAGCCGGUCUCGCUGGCCCGGCUGUGGCUGGAACUGGUCUAAUUGGAACCGGUGGUCUCGGAUACGGUGGUCUCGGAUAUGGUGGUCUCGGAUACGGUGGUGUCGGAUAUGGCCGUCUUGGCUAUGGCGGUCUCGGCUAUGGCGGCGGUCUCGGUUAUGGCGGCGGCUACCAAUCCGGCUACGGCUCGUCGGCUGGCGGCCACCAGGGAGCAUACCAGGGUGGUGCUGCUGGGCACAACCAGGGAUCCGCGGGCUUCGCCGGCGGUGCCUCUACAAGGAACGUGAACGCCUACAACAACAAUCAAGGCUACAGCCACACCUCGGGAUUCUCGGCAUCUGACAGCAAGACCUUCGGCUCUGGACACAAUCAGGGCUCGGCUGGAUUUGGAAAAGGAGCUGCUGGUCACCAGGGAGGAUACGGACAGUCGUCGUUCGGACACAACGCCGGUUCUGGUUUCGGUGGAGGAUACCUCGGCUAAAAGCGCCAUACACGUUACAAUAAAACCUGUUUUUACGAUACA